CCUCAAUGCUCAUUGCUCUCUAUCCAAUAGCCAAAGAUGGGCAUUUCUUGAGAAAGAGUGACAGGCCAGGAUAUCCCAGAACACACUUGGACUUGUGAGAUAACCUUACUCGCAUGGACGAUUUUUCUCUUCCUCGCAUGCCGGCACUCAGGCUUUUCUAUGCAUUAUGGACUUUGACUCUUCUCUCGCAAACAAGGAAGUCUGGAAAAGGCAUAAACGAGACAUCUGACAGGCAAACCAGAAACUGCCAAGCCGAUCCGAUCUGGUGUGGAGAUAUGCGGAUCUGCAUCAACGUCAUGCAAAGACAAACGGUGGAGGUGAAAAGCUUCACGAUUACCGGAAACGGUGCACUUUGCGAUGAUAAGAGAAUCAAUCUUGUGACUGAGAUAUCGACUUGGGUAUUUAGCCGUGCCGUCUCAGCAGAGAGCACUGCCGAGCCAGGUUUCGAAAAGUGCCGUCACAAGGACAGAUUCAAGCUCAUGCUAAGACGUUGAGAUGUGAAUGGUGGCUUGGUGCCUUGAUAAGGAGACAAGACAAGACAGGACAGGAGGACAGGACAAGAUAAAGUCAACCGUUUGAAGUUGGUCGUUGGUGUGCUUACCGAAAGCUGACAUCGGAAGCUGGCGGCGGAGAGGAGAAAUACAGUAGACCAUGGUUUUAAUGGACUUGAUGGGAUUAGGGGGGCACGAUCCGAGAGUCUAGCGAACACA